AUGCCUCUUCUCAAGCUUCGCCCCGCCCGCAAUGCGCGGCACAAUUCAGUGUCCGGCUCUGAUAUGACCGCUUCUUCCUCCCCCACCUCCUCCACCAGGUCUUCCCACAGCUCCAACGGCACCGUCAGCACCAAUGUCUCCAGCAUUUCGUCCUUUGACCACGACCAUGCCCGCAACAGUUCCGUUUUUGGAUCCUGCUCCUUUGACGCCGAGGACUAUUUCAACAGGCUGCGUGAGGACGUAAACGUCUCCGACGACUGCCCCAGCGAGAAGUCCCUCCAAGAAGCCGGCGACACUAUCAUUUACGACGUCGACGGCAUUGGCCGGCCCUUCAAGAACUUCUUCCAAGGCGACAUGGCCAUCGGCCAGCGUCAAUUGGUGCUCUUCGUGCGGCAUUUCUACUGCGGCGCCUGCCAAGCCUACCUCCAAGCCCUCACCAAAUCCAUCGACUCCCAAACCUACUUCACCAUGCCGACGCCCACCAACAUCAUCGUCGUCGGCUGCGGCUCGCCCAGCAUGAUCCCCGCCUACAAGCGCUACACGGGCUGCCCAUUCCCCAUCUUCGCCGACCCCACGCGCUCGCUCUACCGCGCCCUCGGCAUGUCCUUCUCGCUCGACAUGGGCAGCCGCCGCCCCGAGUACAUGAAGGACAUCGCGCCGCCGGCGUGGAUCGCCGGCCAGCUGAAGCAGGUGGGCCAGCAGACGCGCGUGCAGGGCAUGCGGAAGGCGAUGCGGUGCGGCAAUUGGUUGCAGGUGGGAGGCGAGUUUCUGUUCGAGGACGGCGAGGUGAUUUGGUGUCACCGGAUGAGGAAUUAUCGCGAUCACACCGAGGUGAAGGCGUUGAGGAGGCUGUUGGAGAUUGAUGACGAUUGA